AUGUCUCAUGAUAGUAAGCAGUCCUGGCUAUGCCCCGAAUGUCGCAGUGCGGAACCUAAAAAAGAUAAUAAAAAUACCCCUGUUCGUGGAGCGGUGCAGGUACAACUGGAAGCCGAAAAUGUUACGGUGCGUCGCUGUGCGGGAAGGGUUAUGCGUCGUAAAUCUUCUGAUGAUUUACCUAACCUGGACUCCAGGUCUUGGGAUGACAUUCGCGUAAUCAUUCAAGAGGAGAUGUGCAAGGCAUUGAAAUCUACGCUCAAUGAAACCAUAAGAGAUGUUGUUUCCAGUGAACUCAGAAGUCUAAAUGACAAAGUUAGCUCGAUUGAAAAUUCUCUCUCCUUCUUUAAUACCCAGUAUGAGCAACUUAAGACUGGUUUUGAUGAUAAGGUUGAAACUAUUGACCAGCUACAGAAGAGCAAUGAGUACCUUCAGUCAACUGUCAGGGAUCUUACGAGUAGACUAGGUGAAAUGGAACAACAGAUGAGGUCAAACAAUGUCGAAAUUAAUGGUAUUCCCGAAUAUUCAAAGGAGAAUCUCUCUACUGUGUUGGUACAGUUAGCUAAAUCUGUCGACUAUCCAUUGGAUUCGUGCGAAGUGCUUACCACCACGCGUGUCGCAAAACUAAACAAAGAUAAUAAUGCUCGUCCCCGUGCUGUUGUUGCCAAAUUUCGUAGUCAUACAACUAGGGACGGGCUACUUGCGGCCAUCUCCAAAUUCAAUAAAGCCAAUCCCAAAGAUAAGCUUUCCUCUCAUCAUUUGGGCUGUGGAGGAGGCAAAGUCUCCGUGUAUGUGUCCGAGCAUUUGAGCCCAGCCAACAAACAAUUACAUGCUUGCACUAGGAUAAAAGCCAAACAACUUAAUUACAAAUUUGUAUGGGUUCGGGAUGGACGUAUAUAUAUUCGGAAGAAUGAAACAUCUCAGGCUAUUCACAUUCGUAGCCACGAGAGCUUGAAGCAAAUUGUCUAG